GGACCCUGGGGAAGCUUAUAUGUGGCGUAUAGAUACAGUGGGAGAAAUUCCAUUUGUCAUCUUCGAAAACUUAAACAAGGAGGGGGGAACAGGCUGACCGAGGGGCUUCACAAACGGCUCCGAAAAGCCCCACAAGAUCUUUGCGUCUCCACGUGACAGGAGCGUCUAUAUAGCAUCAGCACCAGUAGACUAAUACUCCAGCAUCACGCGCGCACUGCAGCAUAUGCCACAGUUACACACACACACACACAGAUCCUCACGCACCUCAAGGGCUUAUUCUAGAGGUUUUGCAGACUAUUGCAUCCAUGUGUUUUCUCGCUCCGUCUGGGGAGAUUUUCCGACCGUGAUACGAGGGGACUUCUGAGAGACUAAACUUUUCCUGCGAGAGGGAUGCUGGAUGCUCCGGGUCCACUUUGGCACUCGGAAGGAACUUGAUAAGUUUCUCUCUUCUGGACUGGCGCAGGUAUAUUUCUUUCGCAACUACUCUGUGGGCAUCCAUCCUUUGGAGUGGUUGCUUUUUACAGUUAUAAGUUGUCUCGGCCCAUUUAGUUUGGCUUUGCGUCAUUUGGACACCGAGCAAAACUUAAGUUGUUUGAAUGAAAUAGUUUUGCUUGCAAUCAUCAACGUACGUUUUGACUCGCGUUAGGUUUUUUCUCCCGCCACAGACGUUACGAAGACGUUUUUAGUUCGAACAAGCGCUUUUCGCUCUCUACCUAAAAUGACAUUUACCGGUGGUGAGAAAUCGGGGUUUCUCUAUCCGUCUAAUGUGUGACACAACGGAGUCCGGACUCCUCAACUCCCCGCUCCUCUCUGGACGAAUAAACACAUUAAAACAGCACAUACGGACUUUGGAGGCUCACGUCGAGACCCUUUGACGCUUUCUGACCUGAGACGGGACAAACGCACAGCCGGCCAGAUGCAGUUUCGACUCUUCUCCUUUGCGCUGAUAGUGUUGAACUGUAUGGACUACAGCCACUGUCAGACGCAGCAACCUCACCGCUGGAGAAGAAACAAAAGAGCUAGCUAUGGAACUUACCCCAUCUGUAAGGGCUGCUCUGUGUGUUCCAAGGAUAACGGGUGUAUGAACUGCCAGCCUAAGCUCUUCUUGUUCCUGAGGAGGGAGAGGAUGCGGCAGUACGGCGAGUGUCUUCACUCCUGUCCGUCAGGCUUCUACGGCAUGAGAGGGACAGAAAUCAACAUGUGCUCCAGGUGUAGGAUAGAUAACUGUGAGGCCUGUUUCAGCAAAGACUUCUGCACGAAGUGCAAGCCUGAAUUUUACUUGCACAAGGGCCAUUGCUUCGACAAGUGUCCAGAGGGCUUUGCUCCCUUGGAGGACAGCAUGGAAUGUGGAGAGGGUUGUGAGGUGGGCCAGUGGACCGAGUGGGGGUCCUGCAACAGACGAAACAAAACCUGUGGCUACAAAUGGGGGCUGGAAACCCGUACACGGCACAUUGUGAAGAAGCCACCAAAGGACACAAUACCGUGUCCAACCAUCGCCGAAUCCAGAAGAUGCAAAAUGGCUAUGCGACAUUGCAGGAGAGGGGGUUCGGGGAAGGGGCAACGGACCAAAGAGCAGAAAAAGAAAUCCAACAAGCAGAGGCUCCGUUUCCGGGCCCAGAACCAGCACAGCGACCACCUGGCCUCUGUUCGGGCCGCCCAGUGAAAGACUUUUCGAUGGAACGAAGACCAGAAAGCUGCUAACCCCUGCUCCACACACACACCUCCAAACAGGAUUAUUCACACUCGCGUGGACACGCUCCACUCGCACCUCCUGCUGCAUCCCGCGCCCGCGAAACGUCCCUCGAACCCGUGACCCCACUGUGACAUCAUGGAAGACUAUAGCAGCUGUUCAUAUGGCUCAUAUCUCAUCCAAUUUGAGGAAGGUGCGAGAGAACGGACGCGGAGACCAGACGUACGGAAAGAUGCUGGGAAAGGAGGCGAAAUCGGAAGACGGGAAGAAGAACGAAGAGAGUUUAUAAAAAAACGUAAUUGACUGUUGACGAAAAAGCGAGAAAGACUUUUCUUUAUUUAUGUACAAGUACACCAUCCCCUGCAGAUCAAGGCAGAGUGUGUCAUGUAUCGCCUUUUUUUGUCCAAUAGGUACCUUGUCUUUGAUAGCAAUGUUACGAACAUGAAACCAUGCGUAGUUGCAAAAUUAUUAUUCUCCGCACAGAAGGUUUACGUCCAGACCGCUUUAGGCUUUAACUGUAUAUUGUGGGUAAGAAUCUUAGUUGUUCAACUAUAGCAUGGCCACCAACUCAUGUGUACAUAGUCGUUGAGUUCAUCUAAUAAUGGUAACAUUGAUAAAAAAGCAUUACUGUAUUUUCAGUAUUGACGCCUUCAGCGUUUAAAUGUGUAAAAGAGGUUAUAAUACCAGCUACAGUUAAAUAAAGAACAAAAAAGCUAAAUAAAAAGCAUAGCCUUCACAUAGCUAUCACAUUUAUAUGGUAUAUAAUUGAUUUAUUUAUUGAUUCAUUUUUUAUUAUUAUUUUUAAGUUUGGUGAAAAUUAUGUCUCUGUACCUGAUACUCCUCAAAGCUGAAGCAUACUUUCAACCACUUAUAACAAUUCAAAUAUCUCCAAAAGUGGAAAGCGAUCGUGUCUGAUUUGCUAGUAAGUGUUUCUUAGAGAAUCAUUGUGUAAACUUGGUUUAGCAUCCUGUACUUUAAGUUGAUUUCACACCCUGCAACAGCUGAAGUAUA